AUGGCAACGUACUCAAACACCUACCCCCGCCCGGACUUUGUCCGCAGUAAACUAAACUGGAAGCCCCUGAACGACUCCUGGAAGCUCCUCUUCGAUGACGAAGAUGUCGGCCUAAAAGAAGGCUGGCACCUGACCGGCACCCCGGAAAAGGCCGCCCCCAUCCAGCUGCCUUUUGCAUUCCAAACGGCCGCCUCGGGUUGGGGCGACAACGAGGAUGCCCAUGAGGUCCUGUGGUAUGAGACGCGGCUGGAUGACCCGAGACAGAAGGAUGACACGGAUGCGGGGCACCGGGUUGUGGUCCGCUUUGGCGCCGUGGAUUACUUGGCGACGGUGUGGGCUGACGGGGCGUUGUUGGGCGAGCACCGUGGGGGGCAUGUUCCUUUCGAGGUGGAUGUCACAGAUGCGCUAUCCAAGGCGGCCGGAAAGGGUUCGCGAAUUGUGAUGCGAGUUAGAGAUUCACCGAGUGAUCUUGAACAGCCCCGGGGUAAGCAGUACUGGGCACCGACGCCGGAAAGCAUCUUCUACCACCCGACGAGCGGGGUAUGGCAGAGCGUAUGGGUAGAGGUUGUGCCGGCUGCUAGGAUUGGAACGAGCUCGGAUGGGACGGUUCUGAGAAGCAACGACAUCGACAGUGGUGUGGUGAAGGCUAAAAUCGCUGUCUUGGGACGAAAAGCAGCAGGAAAGUAUGAGAUUGAGAUUGAGGGGAGCCUUGGUGGUCUGUCGGUUGGAAAGGCGAGGCAGACUCUACCUAAGGAUAAAGACUACGUCAAGCUCGACCUUGGCCUGAAAUUGUCAUUAGACCAGAUGAAGGCGUUGCCCGCGGAGGUGACCAAGUCUGCGCCUCUCGAUAAUUCUCGUUCUUGGAAGAACGGAGUGGCACUAUGGUCCCCGGAUCAUCCAACUCUCUACGACCUGGCCAUCCGCCUUUACGACUCGCAGGGCCAGUUGAUUGACGAAGCCAAGACCUAUACUGGCAUGCGCAAUAUCGAUUGGACGACGGGAGACGGCACAUUCAGACUCAACGGGGAGCCCCUUUUCCAAGCCCUAAACCUCGACCAGGGAUACUGGCCCGAGACCGGCUUAACGCCGCCAAACCCUGAUAGUCUGAAGAUAGACAUCGAAUUGGCCAAAAAGAUGGGCUUCAACGGAUGCCGAAAGCACCAGAAAGUUGAGGACCCGAUUUUCCUGUACUGGGCCGACAAGCUCGGAUACCUUGUAUGGGGCGAGAUGGCCAACGCCUAUGAGUUCAGCGACGAGUACGUGGAGCGCUUCGACCAAGAGUGGAUGGAGUCGGUCAAGCGCGACAUCAAUCACCCCAGCAUCAUCGUCUGGACGCCCGUCAACGAAAGCUGGGCGUACCCGGACCUCAAAGACAAUGUGGAGCAGCGCAACCACAUCCGCUCGCUCUACUACAUGACCAAGACGCUGGACCCUACCCGUCCUAUUAACGACAACUGCGGUUGGGAACACAUCUGCGACGACCUGUCAACUUUCCACGACUACCACGACGCGCCUGCGUUGGCUAAGACUAACGCCACGCUUGAGAGCACGCUCAGCGCUGAGCUUCACGGCGGGAGGGGAGUCUUCGUCCGCCCCAUCCCAGGCGAUGGCGGGUGUAAGCAUCGGGAAGGCGCGCCGGUCAUUUGCUCCGAGUUCGGGGGUGUCAACAUUGCGCCGUCGUCAGAGGCGGAGAAGGGCGAGCGCGAUUGGGGGUACACUACAGCCAGCGACCCGCAGGACCUGCUUAAGCGGAUCGAGGCCAUUGUCAUGGCGGUUAUCAAGCCGGGGCACGUGUCUGGAUUUGUGUGGACACAGUUGACAGAUAUCGAGCAGGAGGUCAAUGGACUGUACUCGUUUGAUCGCAAGGAGAAGAUCAAUCCGGCUGAGGUUAAGAAGAUUUUUGACAAGGCCGCUGGGGUCUAUCUUGAUCAGGUUACUAAGAAAUAG